GGGAGCCUCUCCGGGGGCGCCCGGGCUCCUUCGGCUCUGCCCCGACGUCGUGAUCGCGGCGGUUUGCAGCUCCGGGCCAGGGCCAGGGGCGCCGUUCGGGACGCGGGGUCCUCGGUGGGGUCCCGCCCCGCCCCCGCGGCGCAGGCGUCCGUGUUGCCCGCGGUCUCCAGGGCAGCGCGGGGGCGGGCGGGGGCCUGAGCGGCGGCGGCGCGGGAGGAUGCGGGGCCGCCGAGGAGCGCCGGGCAGGUAAUGCCUUUACAAACUACAACUUUCGAUAUCAGCCAGCUGCUCCUAUCAAGAGUAUCCCCUAUUAAUUUUUUGCAUUUUUCAAGAUGAGUAAAAGUAAACUAAUUCCCAAGCUCUCUAUUCAAUCUCCUGUCCGUCAUACCAACUUAAAUGUUCAGUCCACACACCCACCUUUUAAGAAAGAAGACUUAUGUCAGAUUUCAAAAGACUCCUUGGAAUCGGAUUCAGAAAGCUCCACUCAAGCCAUUAUGUCCCAGCUUGAGUUUGAUGAUCAAAUCCAGGAUAACGAUAUGGAGCCCGACAGCUUAGACGAGGAAAGCCCUCUACGGGAAAGCCUGCAUGAGGCGGAAGAGGAAGCAAGCACAAAAGCAGCUCAGAUGGCUCGGGAGCAAAACCACCAUAGCUGGGACAAGAGCACCAAUAACAGGCAACAACCAAUAGAAGACAAAUAUUCAGGCCUCCGCUAUGAUCCCAACUGGAAGAGUAAAAAGGAGGAAGGGCAGCUGCUACCUGUGGAAGCAUUGCCCGAGUCUACGGAUAGUUCUUUAGAAAAUCUGCCUUUGGUUCCCCUCUACCCUUCCAAGGAGACUUCAAUGGAACUCUCAGGGGAAAAAGGAGAGCAGAAAGAGAGUUCACAGAGUUUAGCUUCUUUACUUGGUAGUGAGUUUUUAAGCCCCGGCUAUGAGCAUAGUGCUCGUCGCAGCAAGCCGUUUUCAGAGCUGAGCGACAGUGACCUGGAAGAGAAGUCGAGCAGCCUUUCUCAGUCCGUGAAGAGCUCAAGUUCACAUAACGAGGUUUUCCUGCUGGGAUCACGUGGCCCUCGGCGAAGGAAGUCCAAACAAUAUUUUGUGGAAAAAAACAAGCUGACUUUGGGAUUAUCCACUCCUAAAAUGGACUCUUAUCUUCAACUUCACAAUAAAAAAAGAGGGGAAUCUCACACAGAACAGAUCUCCUACCCCAUCAAAGCAACAGAAAAGACAUCUAUACAGAAUGCCAAGGAAAUUGAAAAUGCUGCCAUCGAUCCUGAAGACAAAUGGCAUCAAAGAGCACAACAGCUAAAGAAUUACCAGGAACACUGGUCUCAAUAUGAAAGUACCAAAUCAAGCAAUGUACCAAGAGGGCAACCUUCUGAAACGGUGAAUGACCAUCAACCUUCCAGAAGACCAGCCAAGCCCAAGAUUCGAAAACAGCAUAAACACCAGAAUGGCCUGAAGUCUUUCACAAAGGAGGUGGUGAUUGCCAGUCAGGGGAACCAGAAUAACUCUCCCAGGCAGCAACAAAACGUAAAUAAGCCUCUUGAUAUUUCAACAAAGCAUGAAUCGAUUGUGAUUAUGCAUGCCUCUAACAAUGACUUACAAGACUCAAGGGCACUUAGGAGCCAGAAUCUCAAAGAAACCUCUCAUACAUUUACUCCACCAAAACAAGCUUCUGACAAGGUCUUAUAUAAAAACUCUACUGGAUAUGACUCCGGGCUGAAUGUUAAUGAAGAAAGAGAACACAAAGAACAAGAAGAGAAAAGAUUUUCAUAUCAGCAGCUACACGCCAACACCCUUUCUGAUAUGGAUUUGAACAACCUUAAUGAACUUUCUAAGAGACACGUGCUCCUGAGCCAGAAAGGCUCUCAGUUUGUUUAUCACAAAAAUGUUCAUGGAUCAACCGAAAAUAAGAAACAACCCCAACAGCCUUACACAGAGACAAGAUAUAAAAACUUAGAAAUGCUAUGGAAAUUCCAUUCUUCUUCUGACAGACAGCCAGUUAGAGCUUCUCCAGAUUCAUGGCUCACCCAGAUAAUGGAGCAGCAUCAGCAAGCCUUGGUGCAACUGACCGAUUUGCAGCCCAGUGAAGGGGCCUUACCCAGCGUCACACUUCCACCUAUACUGUCAAGGGUAGAAAGUGAAUCCCAACUCAGUUCAGAGAGAAGUCAAAGAAACCAAGCGAUAAUUAGCCGUAGCAAUUCUGAAGGCUAUCUGUUUCAGCUGGAAAAGGGAAAAAAGCAUAGGAAAAGAAGCCACAGUAAGAACACCAAGCUGAAAGGUUAUCAGAAAAGAGACGUGAAGCUUGGAGGCCUCGGACCUGACUUUGAGUCCCUGAAAGACAAAAUGCAAAACUUACUACAGCAAAAGGAAUAUUCGAAACAAGUCAAGGAGUACAACAUGAAGACACUGUCCAUUCUGUCAAAACCACAAAUAGCAAAAACUGAAAAUAAAUCUGCUGUCCCUCGGCAGAAGGCUUUGGAAUAUGCUAAGACCAUCCCCAAACCCAGACCAUCAAAUCCAACUCAUCAAGCAUCAAAGGAACAACAAAAUCCAACCUAUGCUGGGAAAGAAGAAAGUUUACCUGAAAUCUCACUGCUGGAAAUGCUGCAGAGCAGACACGAAAGGGAAAAGCAGGCUGUGGCUGCUUUCAAAGUCCUUCACAUCGUGUAGAAAACAUUUGGUAGGG